GAAGCUGAUAUGAGUGUGCUGGCCUUUAAAAACACCUUCAACAACAGCGCAGUGAGAGACGAGUCAUCAGCACUACAGCCUCCUGUGAAGCCAUGGCCUCCAGUCUUCCUCUCCUCCUGCUGGUCUUGUGCAGUCUGAGUGUGGCUCAGUCCCAGCUGACGGUGUUUAACCUGCGGGCCAGCGGUCUUCCCUCCAACAUCCUGGGAACCACAGACGGCUACGUCAAGGUGUUCUGUGGCUCAGCCACUCUGGGUACGACGUCCAUCCGUAACAACGAUGCCAACCCCUGGUGGGAGGAGGAGUUCACCCACUUCAAAGGCCAGGAGAACGACAUACUGAGGCUUGAGGUGUUUGACAGUGAUUUCAUCUCUGAUGACCUGCUGGGUGUCUGCCAGCGUCAGAUCAAACCGGGAACCCAUAAGCACGACUGCUUCCUGAAGAAGGGUGGCUCCCUCCAUUACUUCUACACCCUUGGUGGAAAUAAUCAUUAGUCUGGUAUAGAUGUAUGACCCCUGUGGCCUGUAUUUACCACAGCAUUACUCCAACAUGAUGACGUGGUAAUAAUCUGAAACUUUUCUACAUUAAAAUGGCUAAAAACAUCUAGA